CAGCUGUUACUGUAAGACGCUUUCAGUUUCCACAUGCGUUUUAUUCAUGAAUCUGCGGAGUUGAGCAGCAACAAAGUCAAAGAGAGAUCACCAUACACCGGAUGAAAUCAGCUCGUGUGUCACUUUUCAACAACUUGUUGCGCAGCUGCUAUUUUCCAACCUUCCUCUGUGGUCCUCACUGCCGUGGACAGGGGCUCUCUGGGUGAUAUUUUCUUCUUUUUUUUGUAAAGGAGGACAGAUGGAUUAGGCUAAGCGGUGCCAGAAGAAGACACACCUUGAGGCAUUUCACCUUUCUGUCUGUGUGUGUUUUUUUUUUUUUUUUUUUUUCUUUGAAUGAAGUCCUGCAGCCUUCAGUGAGUUUUAGCUGUCUUGAAUAUGAUCUCAGAGACAGGGGAUGCGAGUCAUGAGCCGGACGCGUCCUUAUCCUGGACUAGAGUGGAGCCAGAGCCUCUUCUACCUGACUUUACUGCUGUGGACCAGACGCAUGAAUGGACUGGCUGACUUUUCAAACUACCUGUCCAGGAUCAUCACGAGCCACUCUGCUCAGGCGUGUGACGGACAGCCUCUGCGACUCCACUGUCCUCGUCACUCCACCAUCUCCAUCCAGACUGCGUUUUACGGGAGCGGCGAGGCGCGGCUGUGCAGAGCAGACCCUCCGCACAGAGCCCACAACCACAGCUGCUCUGCUUUUACCACCCUACAGAAGCUGUUGUCAGAGUGUCAGAGUCACAGAGAUUGUCAGCUGCCUGUCAACCACCUGCUGUUUGGGAAGGACCCCUGCCCUGGCACUUCCAAAUACCUCCAUGUGGACUACAAGUGUAAACCAACUGAACACAAAAGACAUGUGGUGUGUGACCGAGAGACCAUGGUCCUUCGCUGUAAGCCCCCCAAGGUUCUGAUCAUCUAUGCAGCUGUCUACGGGAGAAGUCUGGGUCAGACUGACACCUGCCCCUCACACCUGACAAGACCACCCCCGUUUGAGUGCCUGAACCACGAGGCCGUGCACUUGGUAUCCAAGUCCUGCUACAGCAAACACAAGUGUUCUGUUGCUGUCAGCAACCAGACGUUCCGGGACCCCUGCUUUCCAGGAACCAGGAAGUACCUCAGCGUGGUUUAUUCUUGUGUAUCACAGACGCUACUAAGGGAAGCAGACCCUCACAUAUUCAGCCCCACCUCAUCUACUACUGCAGUCACUGACAAAGCUUCUCCUACGGCGAUAACGGAACCUUUCCCCAAACGGUCGAGAAGGCCAGAAAACUCAGGAGCUAUGAUGAGCAACUCUCUCAUGACCUAUGCCUACAUCAAAGAGCAUCCAGAAAUGGCGGCGCUGCUCUUCACCUCCAGCGUGUGCGUCGGCCUUCUGCUCACACUGCUGGCUGUGUCAGUAAGAGUAACCUGCAGGAGGAGCCGGAUCAGAGAUCGCAGACUCGCACCCAAGUCCUGUAACCAGGCUGCUGAGUGCCAGGAGGAGGACAAUGAUGAGGAUGAUACGGAGGAUGACGAUGAAGAGGGAACAGAAAGCUCUUUGGUCUCGGCUGCAGAAAGGAAGGCGAUACAGUGCUGGGAGGAAGUGACGUAUGUGAGCGAGGCGGCCGAUCGUGCAGAGAGGAUUGACCGCAGGGAGAUGAUCAUGCAGGAAAUAUGGAUGAAUUCAUAUCUGAACGGCAGCUCGUGUUAAUUAAACUGGGGUGUGUGGAUUCUCUUCAGCACCUUCAGGAUUUAUUCAGGAUUCUGCAGCAGCUCCCAGCCUCAGAUUAUAUAGUGUAAAACAAAUAUUUGGGGGCAUUAAUACGCAGUUGGUUAUGUGUACUGCUGUUUUAGAGUGCUGUUUGUAAAUAAUUGAAUGUUCAGGUGAAACUGCAAUGCCAGCCAUUUUUUUAAAGGGUCAACAGAGUUUAAAACUGUCAAAUGGGUUUCCAUUUACAUCCUGAAUUUUUUAAAUGGUUCUAUGUAUUCACAUUGACAAACAAGCUCAGAUUGUUGGUCAAAAAACUGUUUACUGCUUAUAAAAAAGGAUAAAAUCACUUGUUUUGACAGAAGUUACUUGAAGUAAAUAAAAUGAUACUUCAUUUUUUAUUGUCAA